AUGGACGGGGUCCGCCUCCGCGAUGAGGCCGCACAGGAUCGAGUGCGAGCAGCGACUGAAUUUCUUGAUCCAAAGAGUUUUGUGGAUCAUUUUUCUGAUGGGCCAUUUGUGUAUGUGCAGGUCAGCAUCGACGAAAUCAGAGCACAUAACCGUGAAUUGGCGGACGGGCUUCUUAAUUCGCCGUUCGAGUAUACGCAAGCUUUUGAUAGGGCUCUCAAGGAAGUCAUUAAGACUCUGCCCAAUCGGCCAGCGAGAGAAACUGCCGAUGAUGUGUCGUACUACUGUGCCUACGUUGGCGCCUUCGGAGAGAAUGCCUGCAACCCGCGGACGCUAGGCUCUUCGCACUUGAAUAAGAUGGUGUCGCUAGAAGGCAUUGUUACCAAGUGCUCUCUCGUGCGGCCCAAAAUAAUUCAGAGUGUACACUAUAGCGAAAAGAAAAAUCGUUUCUACGCGCGGAAGUAUCGGGAUCAGACUAUGACUGCCAGCGGAGCAACGAGCUUGAACGUUUAUCCCACAGAAGACGAGGAGAAGAACCCGCUCAUCACUGAAUAUGGAUAUUGCACCUACAUGGACCACCAAACCAUCUCGAUUCAGGAGAUGCCUGAACGGGCUCCUGCAGGCCAGUUGCCCCGUGGAGUGGAUGUGAUCCUGGAUGAUGACCUGGUCGACCGAGCCAAACCAGGAGACAGAAUCCAGCUUGUUGGUAUUUACCGCACUCUUGGAAACCGAGGAGCUGGCUCGGGGCCGUCGACGUUCCGCACGGUUAUCAUUGCGAACAACAUCAUCCAACUGUCGUCAAAGUCGGGAGGAGGAAUUGCUCAGGCUACGAUUACCGAUACGGAUAUUCGCAACAUCAACAAAAUUGCGAAGAAGAAGAAUGUCUUUGAUCUUCUGUCCCAAUCGCUUGCGCCUAGUAUCUACGGACACGACUAUAUCAAAAAGGCCAUCCUUCUCAUGUUGCUUGGGGGUGUGGAGAAGAAUCUCGACAACGGAACCCAUCUACGUGGUGACAUCAACAUCUUGAUGGUCGGUGAUCCCUCGACGGCAAAGUCGCAGAUGUUGCGCUUCGUGCUGAACACGGCGCCGCUUGCGAUUGCCACCACGGGUCGAGGCUCCUCCGGCGUCGGUCUCACGGCUGCUGUGACCACAGACAAAGAGACUGGCGAGAGAAGGCUGGAAGCUGGUGCGAUGGUGCUGGCUGACCGCGGAGUGGUCUGUAUUGAUGAAUUCGACAAGAUGAGCGAUGUGGACCGUGUUGCUAUCCACGAAGUGAUGGAGCAGCAGACCGUCACCAUCGCGAAGGCGGGCAUUCACACGUCUCUGAAUGCGCGGUGCAGUGUUUUCGCGGCGGCGAACCCAAUCUAUGGACAGUACGACCCGCAUAAAGAUCCGCACAAGAACAUUGCUCUUCCGGACUCUCUCCUGUCUCGUUUCGAUCUGCUGUUCGUCGUUACCGACGAGCCCGAUGAUACGAGCGACAGGCUGGUCUCCGAGCACGUGUUGCGAAUGCAUCGGUACCGUGAACCCGGCACUGAGGAGGGUGCUCCUGUCCGUGAGCAGGCUACUCAGACCCUGGGUGUCGGACUUGAAGAGAGCCGGGAUCCCAAUCGCCCGACGGAGGUGUACGAGAAGUUCAACGUCAUGCUCCACGCUGGUAUGAUCACGACAAGCCGCGGUAAAGGGCGCAAUGUUGAGGUCUUGAGCAUCCCGUUCAUCAAGAAGUACAUCCAGUACGCCAAGUCGAGAAUCAAGCCUGUCCUGACGAAAGGCGCUGCGGACCACAUUGUUGCCACAUACUCGGCGCUUCGAAACGAUGAGCUGACUGGCAACCAGCGGAAGACGUCGCCGAUGACGGCCCGCACGCUGGAGACGCUCAUCCGUCUUUCGACAGCGCACGCCAAGGCAC